AUGACCAACAUCAAUGAGUGCAAUAGUUAUUUUGGUCCUGACUCGUUGAAAAAGUACUUCGACCCUGACUCGCAGCCCCCCUUACCUCUUGUGGAGCUACCGCCUCAUUUAAACCCCUACUAUGAAGAUGGAGUACGGAUAUAUGCCAAGAUGAUGACCUUGCAUCCAGCAAACAAUGUCAAAGCUAUGCCAGCGAUGAAUAUGCUUGAAAACAGUGUGGUACCUGGGGAGACAGAGAGAAUUCUAGAGUAUAGCUCCGGCUCAACAGUCAUUUCAAUGUCGAUGGUUGCCCGUGUCAUGCACGGAGUGUACGAUACCCGGGCGUUCCUGAGCAACAAGACAAGCGAUGCAAAAUUGAAGCUGAUGCAGUUCUUCGGCCUGGAUAUUACAUUGUUUGGUGGCCCAUCUCAGCCAGAGCCACUUGACGAGAGAGGCGGCAUUCAAAGUGCCCGAAGACAGGCUAUGGAGUCUGACAAGAUUGUCAACCCAAACCAGUAUGAGAACAGCAACAACUGGCAGUCUCAUAUCCGGUGGACUGGUCCUCAGAUCUUUAAGCAGCUGCCUGAGAUUAACGUUCUUUGUGCUGGCAUGGGAACUUCAGGUACUAUGACAGGCCUGGGGACUUAUUUCAAAGGAGUCAAACCAUCUGUCCACAGACUUGGAGUCUGUACAGCCCCUGGUGACCGGGUACCUGGUCCUCGGUCAUACGCCCUGAUGCGCCCUGUCGAGUUUCCUUGGAAAGAGGCAGUGGAUACCAUUGAAGAAGUUGGGUCCUUGGAGUCGUAUACUCUGUCCCUGAACCUCUGUCGAGAGGGACUGGUCUGUGGCCCAUCAUCUGGUUUCAAUCUUCAAGGACUGUUCCAGACCCUGGAAAAGCGCAAAGCCAAGGGAACCCUAUCUGAGCUUUCAGGCCCCGAUGGCAAAACCCACUGCGUCUUCCUCUGCUGUGACCUGCCAUAUCAGUAUAUUGGUGAGUACUUCCAAAAGCUAGGCGAUGAACAAUUCCCCCCAAUCCGAAAUGAGCGCCUGACAAAGGUCGAUCUACACCGUUACGAUGAGAGCUGGGAGCGUGACGCACUGGAAGUCCUACCGCAGUUCUAUGGAUCACCACGAACACUCGCCCAAUGUCAGUUGAGCGAGAUAGCACUAAAGACCCAGAAUCGCGUUCUGGACCUGCGAAAGCCCCUUGACUUCUACGCGUGGAACCUCCCCGGUUCGAUGAACCUUCAAUUGUCCAGCGUCGGGCCUCACACCCCAUCACCGUUUUCAGACCCGGGGUUGCUGGAGGCGCAAUGGGUGGAACUGGAGAAGAUCUUCACAGAUGACGCCUUGGUUUCAGAUCUGAGAAGGCAUCACGUUCUCGUGGUCUGUUACGAUGGGGACACGGCACGCGUGGCUACCAGCGUGCUUCGGGCCAAGGGCAUCGAAGCGGAUAGCGUGCGUGGAGGUCACCGUGCGCUGAAGAUGUACGGCAUCGGGAGCGAGAGUCCGAUCCCUGCCAAGGUGCCGCUUGGGGCUACUAUUUCCGUCGCGCCGGUGUCCCUUGAGUAG